AUGGCUAAUAAAGAAAAACUUCCAGAAGAAGACAUUAACCUACCGUACUAUCAUGGAGCACUAAUGAAUCAAGAUGCCGAUCAACUUCUUGUGAACGACGGUGACUACAUGAUAGUGAUGAAAAUGAGUCCAGAGUUGAACAAAAUGCAAUUAUUUCUGACGGUUCGGCUUAAAAAAGGCAUCCGGAGGUAUGAGAUCAAGCGGACACCGUCGAGCGCCAAAUUUGCGAACAAAAGUGCGUCAAACAUUGGUAAACUGGUGGAUAUGUUGAUAAAGGAGACAGUGGAAGUGAAAGGGGAACGUGUUAUACUGAAACGGGCGAUUCCGAAAGGCAAAUUUCAGCUUAUGCAUAAGGAUGUCGACUUUAAAAAGAAGCUUGGCUCGGGAGCCUAUGGUACAGUAUACCGGGGUCGAUUAACCAAAACCAACACAAAAAUCGCUGUGAAAAAGUUGGAUACGGAGGGAAACGACGAGGAAAUGUUGGCGGAAAUGAUGAAGGAGGCGAGAGUGAUGCAGUUGUACGACCAUCCGAAUAUUGUGAAAUUCUAUGGAUACAUUUUGGAUGAUAUCCCCUAUUUAUUGGUGUUGGAGUACUGUAACGGUGGUUCUGUGGAGGAUCGACUCGUGGAGAAGGGAGCCAAGUUGAGCACACAGACCCGGUCCCUGUAUACAUACCAUGCGGCGUGUGGAAUCGAUUAUUUGCAUAAGAAGAAAUGCAUCCACCGUGACAUCGCCGCGCGUAACUGUCUCAUCCACAAGGAUAUCGUGAAAAUCGCGGAUUUCGGUAUGUGCCGCGCGACGUCGAUCUACAAAGUGGACCUGAACAAGCCCACAAACAUCCGUUGGUUGGCUCCAGAAGUUUGGGACAACGGAGAGACGCGUGCCAACACUGACAUCUACGCGUUCGCCGUGAUGAUGUGGGAGUUCUACGAGCAAAAAACUCGUGGUGGGUACCGUCUCCCGACGCCUGCCGGCAUGCCUCCAGAGAUUGAGGAGAUUAUGAAGGAGUGUUGGCACGUGGAUCCCAAUAAGCGUCCGACGGCUUCUGAAUUGAAGCAAAAGCUAGAGGAAGCUAUCACCAAAGCGGAGGGCUCGACUGGGCUGGAGAAGAGCAAGAGUCAGACGAGCAAUCAAAAUUAG